GUUGUGUUUAUGGUUUACUUUAUGACAGGAGAUAACGUGUCAAAUAGCCAAUUUUUAGGUUAGAAACUUAAAAAGUGUCUCCAGAAUAUCAGCAUAGCAAGGUAUCUGCUAUUUAUAUAUAACGUCAUGGCUGAAACUGGUAACGAAAAGUUGUCUAAGAAUGAAUUGAAAAGGCGACUGAAAGCUGAACAAAAGUUAAAGGAAAAGGCGGAGAAGGUUGCUCAACAACCCCCGGCAACAGCUGACAAGAAAGCAGAUAAAAAGGCUGAAGAGGAAAUCAGUCCUAAUGAGUAUUAUAAGUUGCGAACUGCUGCUGUGGCGGCGCUCAAGGAAGGCGCCAAGGCAGACCACCCAUAUCCUCACAAGUUCCAUGUCACAAUAUCUUUGGAAGAAUUCAUUGAAAAAUACAACCAUGUAAACAGUGGUGAGGUCCUUGAAGAUGUCACACUGUCUGUGGCUGGCAGGGUGCACUCCAUUAGGGAGUCUGGAGCUAAGCUGAUAUUCUAUGACUUGAGAGGUGAAGGUGUUAAAAUACAGGUGAUGGCUAAUGCAAAACUGUAUGAAUCUGAGGAGAAGUUCAUAACAGACACUGACAAGUUGAGGAGAGGUGAUAUUAUUGGCUGUGUUGGACACCCUGGAAAGACCAAGAAAGGAGAACUGUCUAUUGUACCCAAAAGUAUUAAGCUGCUGUCUCCGUGUCUGCAUAUGCUGCCUCACUUACACUUUGGGCUUAAGGAUAAAGAAACCAGGUUUAGGAAGAGAUACUUAGAUCUAAUUUUGAAUGAUAGAGUAAGACAAACCUUCUACACAAGAGCAAGAAUCAUUGCUUAUGUAAGGAAAUUCUUGGACAACAUGGGUUUCCUUGAAAUUGAAACUCCAAUGAUGAACAUGAUCCCUGGUGGGGCCACUGCAAAGCCUUUCAUCACUCAUCACAAUGAUCUCAACAUGGACUUGUACAUGAGGAUAGCUCCUGAGUUGUACCACAAGAUGCUAGUAGUGGGAGGUUUGGACAGGGUCUAUGAAAUUGGUAGACAGUUCAGGAAUGAAGGCAUUGAUCUAACUCACAAUCCGGAGUUCACUACCUGUGAGUUCUACAUGGCUUAUGCAGAUUACAAUGAUCUUAUCAGUAUAACGGAAGCUAUGCUCUCAGGCAUGGUAAAGAGUAUCCACGGUUCAUACAAAGUUAAAUAUCAACCAGAUGGUCCUGAUGGUGAAGAGGUGGAAAUUGAUUUUACUCCUCCAUUUGCAAGGGUACCCAUGAUUGCAAGCUUAGAAAAAGCAUUGAAUGUCAAACUGCCACCUGCUGAUCAGUUAGAUUCACAAGAAGCCAACCAGCUGCUGAGUCAGUUAUGUGAAAAACAUGAAGUUGAAUGCCCACCGCCCAGGACUACAGCCAGGCUCCUAGACAAACUAGUGGGAGAGUUCCUUGAAGAAAAAUGUAUUAACCCUACAUUCAUUUUGGAUCACCCUCAAAUUAUGAGCCCUCUAUCCAAGUACCAUAGAGACAUACCUGGUUUGACAGAGAGGUUUGAACUGUUUGUAAUGAAGAAAGAAAUCUGCAAUGCUUACACUGAAUUGAAUGAUCCAGCAACUCAAAGGGAGAGGUUUGAACAGCAAGCCAAAGACCGUGCGGCUGGUGAUGAUGAGACACCUCCUACUGAUGAGGCCUUCUGCACAGCUCUCGAAUAUGGAUUGCCACCUACAGCUGGUUGGGGCUUAGGAGUUGAUAGGCUUACUAUGUUCCUCACCAAUUCCAAUAACAUCAAGGAGGUCUUAUUAUUCCCUGCAAUGAAACCAGAUGACCCCAACAAACAUAAUGCUGAAGGUGAAAACGCCCCCAGUGAGACCCCAGUUCAAAAUGGGGCUUAAACUGUUACUCAGUGCAAUUAAGCAUUUUAUUGUGUGAAAUGUUAAACUUAUACAUUAUUGUGCUAACAACGAUUUUGCUUUUCAUAAAUAAAUUAUAUACUUCCA